CUGCGUGAGUGGUACUUACAGUACUGCAGCCUCAGGAGAGGUGCUUCUGGAGCUAGGGGAGCUGCUGGAGCUGGUGCUCGUGCUUCCCCUCCUAGGCGGGAGCUGCCCUCUCCCCAGCGGCUCCGAGAGUGGUACGCUCGGCGCUGCAGUCUCCGGAGUGGCGCUACUAGUGUCGCGGACCCUGGAGCUGGAGCUGCUGUUGGUACUGGUGCUGCUGGUGCUGGUGCUCCUGGAGCUGCUGGAGGUGCUGCUGCUGCUGGCGGUGCUGCUGGCGCUGCUGGAGGUGCUGCUGGUGCUGGUGCUGCUGUAGCUGCUGGAGGUGCUGCUGGAGCUGCUGGAGGUGCUGCUGGUGCUGGAGCUGCUGGAGCUGCUGGAGGUGCUGCUGGUGCUGGUGCUGCUGGAGCUGCUGGAGGUGCUGCUGGUGCUGGUGCUGUUGGAGCUGCUGGAGGUGCUGCGGGUGCUAGAGCUGCUGGAGGCACUACUACUGCUGGCGGUGCUGCUGGAGCUGCUGGAGGUGCUGCUGGAGCUGCUGGAGGUACUGCUGGUACUGGUGCUGCUGGAGCUGCUCGAGGUGCUGCUGGUGCUGGAGCUGCUGGAGGCACUGCUGCUGCUGGCGGUGCUGAUGGAGCUGCUGGAGGUGCUGGUGCUGCUGGUGGUGCUGCUGGUGCUGGAGCUGCUGGAGCCGCUGGUCCUGGAGGUGCUCGUACUGGAGGUACUGGAGCUGCUGGGACUGGAGCUGCUGAGGGGGUUGGAGCUGGAGGUGCUGAGCGGCCGCGGCCGUACUACGUUCCGCUCCUUCAGCAGGUUCUUGGUCUCCCGCCCUCUACUGGUCCUACUCCUCCCCUACUGAGUCCACCGCCUAUCCAGUCGCAGUCACAGUUACAGCCUGCCUCUCCGCUGCCUGGUCCUUCUCCUUACACUACGCCGACGGGUAGUCUUACGGAGCGUCGUGAGCCUGAGUCUCGUCCUCCGUCGCCUGAGUCUAGUCCAGAGUCGCCUGAGUCGCGUCCAGAGUCGCCUGUCCGCGCUGUCCGCGCUGGUCGUCGUGCUCCGCGUCAGCGUCCUCCUCCUGUCCUUGGCACUCACUAUAUGACCCUGCGUCCUUCCACUGCUCCACAGCGUGUCCCUCUGCCGUCUCCUCCUGCGUCCUCUCUUCCUGACGUUGCUGACCCGCCGUCAGACCUUGCUCGUGCUGCCAGUCCUACUGUCACGCGUUUCCUCGCUACUGUUGUCACUGACCCUACCUUUGAGUCCUCUGCUGCGUCUGCUCUAGUCGCUGAGCUUGUUGACUUUGCUGCCGCCUGUCGUCUAGACUACGCCGCUAGCCUUGUUGCUGAGUCUGAGUCUGUCUGUCCUCCGUCCGUCGGGGGUGAGUGUGCUCUUGGCACGGACGUCCUUGAGGACAGACAGGAGGAGUUUGAGUGCUUUGCUGCUGCUUUACCUCAUCUCGUGUCCAUGCUGAUUGCCCCUGAGGGAGACCCGGAUGCACCAGACAUCCCGACCCCACGCUCUUACGCAGAGGCGAUGGAGGGUCCCUACUCCUCUCAGUGGCAGACAGCCAUGGACGCAGAGAUGGCUUCCUGGAAGUCCACAGGCACCUACGUCGACGAGGUUCCCCCACCUGGGGCGAACAUCGUCAGUGGCAUGUGGAUUUUCAGAGUGAAGCGGCCACCGGGUUCUCCGCCUGUCUUCAAGGCGCGGUACGUUGCACGAGGCUUCAGUCAGCGAGAGGGAGUUGACUUCUUCCAGACCUUCUCCCCGACCCCGAAGAUGACCACUCUUCGGGUUCUGCUGCACGUCGCCGCUCAGCGUGACUACGAGCUCCACUCUCUUGACUUCAGCACUGCGUUCCUACAGGGCAGCCUGCACGAGGAGAUCGGGCUGCGCCGCCCACCUGGCUUCACUGGGUCGUUUCCUGCUGGUACCCAGUGGAGCCUCCGGCGGCCAGUCUACGGUCUCCACCAGGCACCCCGUGAGUCGCACGACACCUUGAGGACUACUCUUGCUGCUCUUGGGUUUGCUCCUUCCACUGCUGACCCGUCGCUGUUUCUACGCACCGACACCACUCUGCCGCCGUUCUACGUUCUAGUGUACGUAGACGACCUGGUCUUUGCUACUGCUGACACUGAGGCACUCGCCCACGUGAAGUCGGAGCUGCAGAAGAGACACACGUGCACAGACCUGGGUGAACUGUCAAGCUAUCUUGGCUUGCGGAUCACCCGGGACAGAGCACAGCGCACCAUCACCUUGACUCAGUCACACAUGGUGCAGCAGGUCCUUCAGCGCUUCCGCUUCACGUACUCCUCGCCUCAGCCCACUCCUCUGCCUACCGGUCACUCGCUCUCAGCUCUGCCUUCGGAUGAGUCCGUAGAGCCGAGUGGCCCUUGUGAGGCUGAGAUCUACGCCACAGCCAUGGCUGCACAGGAGUUACGCUGGCUCACCUACCUGCUGACCGACCUGGGAGAGCGGCCUCGUUCUCCUCCAGUGCUGUACAUCGACAACAAGGCCGCCCUUGCCUUGUGUCAGGAGCACAGACUGGAGCACAGAACGAAGCACAUCGCUCUGCGCUACUUCCUUGCUCGAGAGCUGCAGCAGCGUGGUCAGCUUCGUCUUUCGUACGUGGCCACUCGGGCCAACACUGCUGAUGUGUUCACCAAGGCGCUUCAGCCUUGUGAUCAUCAGCGUUUCUGUACUGUUUUAGGCCUUGUGCCUACUGUCCCUCACUUGCUCACUUCUUGA